ACAAAGGGCCCUUGAGGAAACACCAUGAAAGUACCCUGCUACUCCUCUGCUGGAUUCGUCUGCAACUCGAGCUGCAAUAGGAAUCCCUUAGUCCCUUGCAUCUCUAACUCGGGUUAACCCUCUACAACUCCCGUGAGGGCUCUGCAACUUCUGAAAGAAACUCUCUCUUGUGAACCCUCUGCAACUCUUCUCAAGUUCAAAAGUGGACUCCACUGCUCUGUAACUCUCGAUUUGGUUAUUUGCUUCAAGAAGGUAACUAUUGAACCCUUCUCUGAUUUUAGCCCUAAUGUGUCAGUCUGUCACGAAUCUCAAAUGUGCCCUAGAUUCUCAUUCCCUGUUGGGAUUCUUUACCGCCUUCUAUCUCUUUCUUGUCUUUCCGAUUCUGACAGUCUAUAUAUCGAUAUUUUUAAAAAUGAAUCUUGCCUUCGGUCAUUUCGCUUUACUGGAGAGAUUGGAAGCUUCAGAUUCUGAAAAUUGAUUCCCCCUUAUUUAUCUGUAAUGGCAAACCCGGUUCAUUCUACUACAGAACAGGGAAGGGAAGACACGUCUGGCCAAGUAUUACGUCCCCCUCGAGGAAUCUAAGAAACACAAAGUCGAAUACGAGGUCGGAUCAUAAUAAAUCUUUAUUUAUCUUACACCCUUUCCCUUUUCAUUUGGUGAUUUUCGGUUUUCUUCAUAUGUAGAGCUAUUGAUUGCUCUCCAGGUUCAUCGAUUGGUGGUCAAUAGGGAUCCCAAAUUGACGAAUUUCGUUGAGCUUUGUGAUUUGGAAUUAUUUUACAUUACUGGUUAUCUGCAAACUCUAUUGAUGUUCUUUUUAUUGUACCUGCUUUCUGAUUUUGAGGCUCUGAUUUUAACCUUUAACCCUUUGAAUGUUUGCCCCCAUUGUUUGUGGUUUAACGGAGUCUUCCCUUUCAUUUCCACACUCAUAUAAUGGAAUCUCUGAUCAAAUAUAUGUUUAUAUAGAAAUUUCUUCUUGAAGAGCAUAUUUUUCCAGGAUUUGGUACUUCAUGGUGUAUGGAAGUAACUCUUUUUGUUUAUGAUACCGGCAUAUGUAUGGCUCACUGUGUGCAAAAACAUAUUCCAAGAAACAGGUUUAUCAAACACCUUAAAUUUGUGGACGAUCUCUGAAUUGGUCCAUAUUUUUGUCAAAAUCCUCCCUCGCCUUUUCUCACAUUGUGCUCCAAGCAGAAGAGCUGAUUCUAAGGUCAUUGGGACCCCAUUUUCGAAUUCAGCAGGGACCGAUUCAAUCACCGGUUCCGGUUUUUACAACCCUACUCUUAAGUCCAAACAAAGAAGAAAAAAAAAGUUAAACCGUCACUUGAGCAGUUGGAGCAAGAGAGGUCUUUUCUCUGCGAGAGAGCAAAAUAAGCAAAUGCUUCGCCGAGCCAAAUGUAUAUCCAUCUGGUUCAACUUCAACCUGAGGCAAUUGCGAUUAAUUGGGAAACCUUCUACUCGUCACUAUCUUCGCAAGAGGGAAGACGACGACUACUGCGUAAAUAAGCGACGAAGAAAUGCCAAGGACGGAAAUGAAGCCCAUCAUCAUCUACACUUGCACAAGAGCAGAGGCCAACAUAUCCUCACCAACUCUCGAGUUCUUGACUCUAUCGUCCGUCAGGCAGACAUCAGGCCCUCCGACACUAUCCUUGAGAUCGGCCCUGGCACUGGCAAUCUCACCCUCAAGCUCCUUGAGGCUGCUCACAAGGUUGUUGCUGUUGAAAUCGAUAAAAGGAUGAUUGAUAUUGUCUGCAAUCGAGUAUCCCAAUUUGGGUUCCAAGACAGGUUCACUGUUAUAUAUAAAGAUGCGCUCAAGACUGACUUCCCGCAAUUCGAUCUCAUCAUUGCCAACAUUCCAUACGGGAUAUCUUCACCUCUCAUCGCGAAAUUUGUGUUCGGAGGUCACUCCUUCAGGAGCGCUACGCUUCUCCUUCAGAAAGAGUUCGCUCGACGUUUGUUAGCCAAGCCUGGUGACUCUGCCUUCAAUCGCCUGGCCGUCAAUGUCAAGCUGGUGGCAGACGUGGAAUUCGUCAUGGACGUCAGCAAGAGGGAUUUCGUACCCUGUCCCAAAGUCGACUCUUCUGUCGUCAAGAUCCGCCCCAAGGCUACAGUCCCAGAGGUGGAUAUGGAUGAAUGGUGGGCUUUCACGCGGACCUGUUUUAGCAAGAAGAACAAGACUUUGGGAGCCACGUUGAAGCAGAAGAAGAAGGUGAUUGAACUGCUAAAGAGGUCACAAUUAAGUGAUUCAAUGGCAAUUGCUCAGAGAGACAACGCAGUUGCCACCAAGUACAAUUAUGAUGCCAUUGAAGAAGAAGAAGAUGAAGAAGAUGAUGAGGAGGGUGAGGAGGAGAAAGGAGAGGGUUGUUCUUCAUCAUACUUUGCUGAAACAGAGAUGGGUUUAUUCAGAGAGAAGAUUGUUGGGGUUCUAAAGGCUGGUGGGUUUGAGGGGAAGAGACCUUCCAAACUUUCCCACGAGGAGUUGUUGGGUUUGCUUUCCUUAUUCAACCAGGCCGGAAUCCAUUUCAACAACUGACCCAAUGUGAAGUUGUGAAGCCUGUAAAAUGUAUUAAGCAGAGUCCAACCACUCUCUGCCCGUCGGAUAAUUCAGUUUUCCCGGCGAAUUCCGAUGGUGGUUCAGCCAACCCGAGUUGUCCAAUCUGAUCAAUCCUCUCUCAGGCCAUUUAUACGAGGAAUUACAUACGAAAAUGUCCAGAUCUUUGAGCAUUGCCUGUAAACGUUUUAUGAGCAUGUAAUCUUGUUUCAAGUUCAAAUCAUUUCAUUACUGUUAAAUAAGGCUCUGUUACUGUAAAAUCCAAUAUUCCACUGGUUAUUUUUAUACAUGAAAAUUAUUCUUGGGGAACCACAAUUUAUUCA